CGUCGAUUGAUUCCACAAAUUCGCUCAGUCAUCGACCCCAGCUUGAUCCUGCUCGUUUGCAAGCUUCAGCGGCAGCCAAUAUACAAUGAUAAUACAGCCUUCCCAGAGGGCUGCCUCCUACCGCCUCAAACGGGGCACAAAACUCGCCGAAGUUCCUCCUCAACCACCGACUCCGUCUGUCCCUCCACUUUCAACUCUGAAUGGCCCUUUUCAGCUGGCAGAGUAUCUGGCACUCAAGGUAAAGCAUGAUCCCCAUGAUGUUAAUGGGCUGGUAAAGGUACCUGCUGGAGAUGGCAGCAUGGAUGGAAAGGGGCCUGAUAGGGACGUGUGGAUCUACGAGCAUCUUAGGCGUAUACCUAUAGACCUUACUCCACUUAUCACAGCGCUUCUUCCCAUUUGCACUCGUGAAACAUGCCCACAAAUGAGGUCGUCCGAGUGGUCAUACUUUUGCGUAGCUCACGGCAGCGGGACUAGAGAAUGUAGUACCAUUGACUACAUUUUGCAUACACUGGACUCCACCGUGACUCUGCUUAACAACUCCAAACAUUUCCCUUCUCGAAUGCACAUCCCUCCUGCUUCCGUCUCACACUUUCCCUCCAUAUUCCGACGUCUCUCGCGUAUCUUCUCCCAUGCCUACUUCCACCAUCGUGAGGCGUUCAUCAUGGCCGAAGUCGAAAAUUCACUUUACGCCCGAUUCGUUGAACUUUGUGAAGCUUAUGAGCUUGUCGGCGAGAGGCUACUGGUUAUUCCCAAAGAGGUCGUCAGUCAAUUCAGGGAUGAUGAUGAGGAAGAUAUUGGGAGAGGUAAGGGAAAGGAGAAGUCUAGCACUCACGAUGAGACGGAGGAUGCCAAGGAACCUGUUAAAAUAUCUAGCGGUCCUUCCAAAUUGGCGGUCAGAGGUAGCAGCACCUUUGGCCGUAAUCAAAUAUUAGGCAGGGGUAAAGCUGCACGAUCAACACCAGCUCAGGAUGAGGAUGUGGCCGAAGGCUCGUCUUCUACUCCCGCCGCCAAUGUUACCAAUGCUGUGGAAGAAGAAGAAAACGAGGAAGAGGAGGGUCAUGGGGAACAAAAGCUGAGAUCUCGAUCCGACAGUUUGUCAAGCUCGGAAAGUACCAGCUCCGUUCAGACGGCUGUCCAUGUCUCAGACAUUGAGGCUUUAUCUCAAGACAUCGAAACUGAGCAUGUGGAGGAUGCGAGCCCGCCGCCGGUAGCCGAGUUUGUGACCCGGGAGGAGAAGAAGGAUGAAGAAGAAGUAACCAAGGAUGAGAUUGAUCUCCUCGAAGAUGAGAGGAAGUUGCAGAAGGAGGCUGAUAUGGCGCCUUUACCUGUGGCGGAAGAACCGAAAGAGGAAGAAGCAGAGCAGGAGGAGACCAGGCCCGUUGACGAGACUAGGCUUGCUGAGCAGCAGGUACAGCCCAAGUCUGGUGACCAGGUUGCAUUGGAAACCUUCCAGGAGGGGGAUUCUAGCAGAGUAAAGGAAGACAAGGAAGUUGAUAAGGAAGAGGAAGCAGAGUUGGAAAAUGUCAAAUCGGAUGAUGAGGAAGAGGAAAAAGAGGCAACGGCUUCAGAACCUCCAUCCAAGGCUCCUGCUCCUAUUGUAGUCGUUCCUGUUGUCGAAUCCAGCUCCUCCAACCCCCCGGCUACCUCAGGGAUCUCCGCUCAACCCGAAUCCAAGACUGCUGAGAGCGCCGUUCAACAAGAACAAACAUCCACAACUACUUCUGCCGCCCCUGAACUUGGAUCAACUCCUACCGGCGAAACAAUUUCAGAACCUAGCUCCGAGUCUGAAUUAGAAACCGAGCUCUCUCCUCUGUCUCCUGGAUUAUUCCCCGCUACCUCAUCGGCGGAAGAGAAGCAAGACGAUAAGAAGGGUUCAUUGUCGAAGAAACGAGCUAAGAAAGCAGCUCAGAAGGCUAGAGCAAAGGAGAGAGAAAGAGAAGUUAAAGCUCAGGCUCAAGCACAAACUGAAGGUGAAGUUCCGGAAAACUCAGGUGAGACAGAUAAGUUGGAGAGCAAGAAGGACGCCCAACAAGAAAAGUAAAGAUAUAGUACGACAUAAUGUGCUGUUGAAUACGACAUAGUGUUGUUUCAGAAAGAGUACGGAAAGAGAAGGGGACCAUGUUCAUGUUCAUAUUUCAAUUUACGCAUGUGCAUAGCAAUGAAUUACAUUAGCA